AUGGAAGAUGAGAUAUUUGGGCAAAAAAGAAAUGUCAAUCCUGAAUUGCUGUUAUCUAAUGAAACAGUAGCACAUCACAUAGAUGAAAAGCCUGAAGAUGUAGCAACAGCUAAAGCCAAUGUUCUUAGUUCUACACCAAAAUCAUUUAAAAGAAAGAGAGAAAAACCAGUUUGCAAAAACAAUAUUCUCCAAAAGAUGUGUGAAGACAAAAAGGAAUUUUAUACAGAACUGCUAAAAAUUCACAAAGAAAGAUUAGAAGUGAUCAAAGAAAAAAACCAAAUAAAGAAACUGUUUGAAGAAGAAAGACUUUUAGAAAUAAGAAAACAAAAUAAACUGAGAGAGAAGACGAACGAAAUACUUAGCAAAUAUUUAUCAAAAACAGACAAGAUGUCACUCUGGGCUAAAGUACAACAACUUCCACCAGGGAGUCUACAACAAAUUUAUGGCGAUGUAUUUCCGAUUGAAGUGAGGCACUAUCUAGCUCAUUACAUUGAAGAAAAGUUUUGUUGUGAUAUUGAUCCAGACAAUCCACAACAUGAGCAGUACAUUUCAAGCUUGAUCAACUCUUUAAUCAAAGAGAUAGAGGACAAAGCAUCAGUUGUAACUGAUUCAGAAUAUUUCCUUACAAAACUAAAACUUGCUGAAGCCGCAAAAUUAUUUAAGGAAAGAUACAGUUCUUGUCCAAUGCAACUCUUUACCCUCAUUCGUAGCUGUUUAGCCGCUGAAAUGAGACUACUUCAAGCAGCCGGUGUGGGAAAUUUCAAUGGUUUUUCAAACCUAAUGAUAUCAAACAGCGGUGCAGAAGUUUUACAAAAGAUCAAUGUUUUAAGAAAUAGAACUCAGAGUACGGCAGAAGACAUAAGAAAAAUGGAAGAAGAGUUAGAGUCGUUUGCGUUACAAUAUCACGAAUGUCAGAAAAUUACAGUUGAAGUUAGCUUUAGGGAAAAACUAAAAGAAACAUUUCAAUUAGUGGCUCAGUUGCAAACGCAUGUUUUGGACGAGGAACUUAUUAAAUGGAAACGAGAUCAACAAUUGGCUGGAAAUGGAGCGAACUUCAAAAGUAAUUUAGACACUAUACAGGAGUGGUGCGAGAGUUUGGCUGAAUUAAUUUGGUUGAAUCGGCAACAAACUAAAGAGGUGGAAAGGUUGAAACAGAGAGUACCUAUGGUAGAUCCGCCCGUAGUCGCCGAUGUGCUACCACAUCUACUCCAGGAGUUUACACAGCUGCUGUCAACGCUAGUCACCUCGACUUUUAUCAUCGAAAAACAACCUCCACAAGUUAUGAAAAAAAAUACCAGAUUUACCGCGUCUGUCCGCCUCUUGGUUGGAGGAAAACUGAACGUUCAUAUGACGCCUCCGCAAGUUAAAGUUACGAUCAUAUCAGAAUCGCAAGCGAAUAUGCUUUUAAAGAAUGACAAACUAGGUAAAAAUGAAAGUUCUGGAGAGCUUUUGAAUAAUAUAGGCACAAUGGAAUACCAACAAAGCUCCAGACAACUUGCAGUGAGUUUUAGAAACAUGCAGUUGAAGUCGAUCAAAAGAACCGAAAAGAAGGGGUCGGAAAGUGUAAUGGAUGAAAAGUUCUCGCUACUAUUCCAGUCACAAUUUAGUGUCGGAGGAGGAGAAUUAAUGUUCCAGGUACCGUGGAGUAAAGUAGCAGAAAUGCUAUCCCUUAAAUUCCGAGCCGCCACCGGAAGAGGAUUAACUGAGGACAACUUACGAUUUUUGGCAGAAAAGGCCUUCAGGGGUAAUUACAACGAAUCUACGAAUUCUAUGCUAAGCUGGUCACAGUUUUGCAAAGAACCAUUGACUGACAGGAAUUUUACUUUCUGGGAAUGGUUUUUUGCUAUCAUGAAACUAACCAGGGAACACCUAAGAGGACCAUGGGCUGACGGUGCCAUCAUGGGUUUUGUCAGAAAGAGGAAAGCUGAGGAGAUUCUGUCUUCGCGCGUUCAAGGAACAUUUUUAUUAAGAUUUUCGGAUAGUGAGUUGGGAGGUAUAACGAUCGCUUGGAAUUCCGAUAACCCUCCAUCGGCGAAUAAUGGUUAUGUCAGACCAACACUAGUGACUCAGAUUCCUGGUUUUACGUGCUUUCCUAAUUCUUACCCCAACACGCCACAACACGAUUCUGAUUCCCCUCGCCAUACACCGUCGGUAAUUAGCAGUUGUCCUGGAUCUGUAGCUUCGACGGUCCCCAGUCACAUAAACGGUCCCGUGGAAUAUCUCGACCAAUUUGAGGACAUAAAUGGAUUAGUCAACUUUGAGAUGAUGAGCUAGAGGGAGCAAAGACAAAAUUUACAACUGUGAAACUGAUAGAUUUAUAUAAACGUAGGUUUUAUGUUUUUGAUUGGACGGACCUCAUUUUAGUGAAGGUAACAAACCAAUCUGUGAUAAUUCCUUAAUACAGUCAUAACGAGUUGUGAUAUUGUAUCAAAUGACUAUUUUUUAUAACAUUUUCAUUAGACAUUCAGACAAACAAUAGAUCCUGCACAUAAAUUCUAUCAACGAAUGAAUUAAAGUAGGAUUAGUUAUAAAUAAUGAAACAUAUCGAUUUGUGACAUUGCUUUGAAUGUGAUUAAUGUUAUUGGGAACCACUUUAAUGCCAUCAUAAUGCAAGUGCAAUAUAACAACAAUUUGUUGUAUAAUUCAACUGUUUUUAGUAUUUUAGUUUUGUAAUAUUUUAUAUAUUUUAACACGAAACUUUUUUGUUUUUUUUUUAUAGAAUACUUAAUAAAAAUAAAAUUCGUUACUUGUAGUACUGCAUCACACAACUAAGUAAAUUCCUAACCUGAACAUUUGAGUCAUUAACUUUGUUUUCAAGACAAAUCAAUAGUACUAUUGCAGAUUAAAAAUGCAUCGUAAUCAAGAACAAUCGACAUAUAAUAUUAUCUUCAUCGCGGUAAUUUUAUGCUAUUGGAAACCAUUUUCUAUUAUAUUUAGACCUUAAUAUUCACUUGUAUGUUAGGCCAGCAAGAAAAACUAUGUAAUAUCAGAAUUAUAAUAAUAUUUAAUAAUAUUAGAACUUAUUCCGUUUCCGGUUUGGACCUCGUCGGAUUUUGCUACGCCGAGCUUUCGACUUUCUCUUUGGAGUCUUCAUCAAGAAUUUCCGAGUCACUCCUCUUUGUACUUUUGUAACGUCGAUGAUGACUUCGUUCCUUGAAGUGAUGUUUGGUUAUAUAGUUAUAAAACACGUCCCCACUUCGUUUAUCAAUCAAGCUUCAAAUGUCAGCAACACUCCACAAAUCAAGAUUGACGGUAUAGAAGUAUAAACUCAGAAUAGAUGCGGCAAUAAUACAGUGAAGUGUGCGCUAGUGAAUGAACUGCUGACUCAGAAUAGAAACCGGGACCCGUAAGUACUGAUGAAGACUCCAAAAACAGAGUUGAAAUAAAUGAAAGGUAAAGGGAAUCAAAUUUGGUGAAAAUUGAGGAUGUUCCAACAAUUUAUAGUCCCUCAAGUAACAUAUGUGGGACAUUAACAUUAUUUUUUUAUUAUUUUAUUAACCCUUUACCGCAUGAAUUUUUUUUUGUCAAAAAUAAAUUCUCAGAUAAGAAUUUUAACAAGAAAAAUUUUUUGGUGCGAAAUAUGGAACAUCAUGCAACAAUGUAAUAUUAAAACUAUUUUGAAGCUACAGUAUACACUAUACAGUAUGAAACUGCAAGUAACAGAUUCUUUCUUUAUUAAUACACAACUUAAGUAUGCAUUUUGUGCACACAAUAUAUGUUUUCCCUGUACAGCCUGGAAAUUUUCAUCCUGACCUAGUGCUCUCAUCCCAAUAGGGAAAAUGAUCAUGAUUCUUGGGGUAUUUCCUUAGUGGGUCCCUUUUGUCGUUUGUUCUCGUACAUCUGCUGAAUGCUACUACUUGACGGUCUUCCUACUCUGUUCUGUUUAAUUGGUUUUCCGGCUUUGCAUAGAGCAUCGGCUAUUGCUAGUUUGAUAUCCAAAAGGGGUCAAUAAAAUUUCUUCGCUCUUUUGGCUAAUAACCAACAAUUGACGGCUUUCAUGUCAAUGAAAUGAAAAAAUAUUCGUAAAUAAUAUUUCUUCGACCUGAUUUAUUUAUGUAUAUGGGAGAUCUACACCUCCCAUGUAGUUGUUGUUGAUUAGGAGACACUGUUAGGACAAGGUAUCAUUUUAUGUAUACUUUCUUGUUUGAAAAAUCUUCUUUUUUCUCCCUUUGGUUCACUUUCAGCAUAUGUUGACAUUGUAGGAACGAUUUUAUUAUCAAACCAGGACACUACACUGACACCCACAUUGUCUAUAUGCGAAAUACCACUCAUGCGUUUUUUUCGUUAUACUGCUUUAGCUGGCUUCGCGCUUUUGUUGGUAUAAUCUGUUCGUCUACAGCUAGAAAUUCUUUCGGAACCAUGAGUAGGAGUUCUUUGAUUUGGCUCAGUACAUGUCUAAUUUUGAAUAAUCUGUCAUGUCCAGGCUGACCAUUUUCAAUCAUGUCAUCAUUGUUAUUGAAAUGCAAGAAACGUUUUAUUUCUUUGAAUCUGUUACAGCUCAUCACAUCGCUAACUGUUCGGUGGCCAAUAUUGGCAUUCCAAUAGUGUUUUGUUGAUGGAAGUUGAAUUAUCGACAUCUAAAUAGUAAUUCCUAUAAAUUGUUCUAUUUCAUAUUUUUUUAUAUUAGCUGGUUUAUCUGGACGUUGUUGCACUGAGUAUAAAUUUGAUUGGUCGGUGAUAUGCUCUAUAAUGCCGGGUCCAGACCAAGCAGACAAAACGAAAACACAAUUCUGAAACAAAAAAACCAUAAACCGGCGACAAAAUUUGUCAUCAAAAGACAAAACAAAAUUGAGACAAACUGUCCACACCAGAACAACAAAAUAUAAAAACAAAUUCAGUUGGUGACGUUGUUGUUGUGAUUAGUGUUGGUUAACCAUGUGGCGUUUUAAUCAAGAAAAAAAUGAAACUGAAGAUUUAUUGCUAGCCGCAAGUUUUUUUUGCUCUCAUCAUCAUCCCAGAUUGCUAAAAGAAAACCCAAACGUUUUUGGAUUAGACCAAGCCUAAAAAUGCGAGAAAGUUGUUCGAUAGACAAAUUGUUAGUUUAGCUGCGAGCAGAUGACAUUGGACUAAGUGGUGAAAUUCGAUCAAGCUUCAAAAAUUUUUUAAAGAAUGAACUUGAAACACACGCAUCAGAACUAUGCCGCAUAUCUCGCGUACACUAUUAGUACGUGUCAGAUUUGGGCUGCCAUGCAGCUACGACAAAAAUUUAGUUACAACAUUAAAAAAAAUUUUUUUGGUUUGUGUCAUUUAUGGCACAUAAUGCGGUAAAGGGUUAACAAGAUUUUGAUGAACAAAAAUAGCUGUUGGACUUGGUUCGAGUGUGCCAAUUACCUUCCAAAAAACAAAAUAUUUAUUACGGAAUGAUAUCAUAACCUAAUGUAAAUACUUUUGUCAGCGAUUUAGCAGAUUGUUGCUAUUUGGUCCCACGAUAACUAAAAUACUUCUAUGCUUAUGCUCACCAACGACGUGACUGUGAAAGGGUUGAACACAGCUAGGAUUUCUCUUAUUUCUCUAUUGUAACAUUUGCAGUUGGGUUUUAUUCCUUUCGUUUACCAGUCUGCGUCGAGUCAAUCUGCUUUACUACCCGUAUCCUUUUUUUCCAAGUAUAUUCUAUAAUUACAUAUUUGUAAAUUACAAAAAAUUGUACGUGAGGACUCGUUGAGAACUCCUGGUUUAUUCCGUUUAUUUUGAAAGAUAGGCAAUAGAGAACGCCAUCGCUCACUGCAUAAAACUGGCAACGUCUUGGCGAAAUUCCCAUAAGGUUAGCAUUGCAUAUCUUACGCUGUACAGACGAGUCACUUUGAGACAGAGUAUAGCUACAUUUUUUCUGCUAUUACUUAAUUUCUCCAUUUGCCCUUCGAAACAAACCCAAUCGGCUUUUAUUCUAUUUUGCGUUAGUAAUGUUCACAGACAGUAUUUGAGGUUAUAAAAUGCACACUCGUUGACAGGACGCAAUGCUGUCUAAAAAUGGCGGGUGUUGCCAACGUUAAAAUAGUACAAUAAUGAUACCAUACAAUAUAAAUGUUGCUAUGCGAAAAAGUAAUAACAUUCCUAUUGAUAAAAAUUACUAAUGCAAAUUUUUAACGCUUAGCCUAAUAAUUUAGCCAGGUACUGUUUAUCAAUUGUUUCCACAUUUAUAUACUUUUGUAUAUAAACUGUGGAAACUUUUUGCCAAUAUUUAAUUUCGACGAAUAGUGAUGUUAAUCUGAGUUGGUCCUUUUGCAUUAUGAUGUACAGCUUUGUCUGAGCAAAACACGUUUGAAAUUUACUUAACCAGUGUGCCAACAUAACAACAGGGUAAUUUUACUUGUAGCAGUGCCAUCUAUGGGCUGGAAAGAGCACUUUUAACCACGCCCUUAUAGAAAUAAUCAUUUUAUUAAAUAUUUAGUUGGUAGUUUAUUUAAGCUUCGUGCUGUCGUUAUCGUAAUAGCUUUAUUUUUUAACAACGCAUAAUGUGGCCUUUGCAUUGUUCUAUUUACAAUCUGUUAUUUUAAAGUAUGACGCAAAUUCUGUGAUUGGUUGCAGCAGAAAAACUUGUAAAUAUGAGGUCAAAAUAGGUAAAGCUAAAAUUGCUAUAUUUUUACAAUGUUUUAAAGUAUCGGCCAAUUAAUGUAUGAAUAAAUCUUCUAUAUUGUAAAAUUUUUUAUUAAAAAGGUACAAAAGUUUAUAUUAUGUAAAAUUGUUUAUAAUACACAAUUGUUUAUAGAUAAUAAAACAAAGACAAGAAUUGUUAAAGCAUGAAUGAAAUAAAAUAUUUAAAUAUC